UCACACAGUGCAUCAGCCUCUGGUUUUCUAUUGGCCAAUUUCUGACUGGGAGGGUCUUCCCAGAGGCUGGCUCUCAGGCAGGAAGGGGGUGGCUGGAAAUGUUUCAGCCAGAGUUGGACAGACAGUCUGUUUUCACUGAGAAAAUCUUUGGUCACUGAAACCGUGGGACAGAGAAGGGAGAUAAAAGCUGUUAUUGUGGUCAUUACCUUACAAGUUAGGUACUCAAAAGUUGUAUCUUUAACCUAGAUUCGUCGUGGAGGGGAAGAAGUUCUUUAGUGCUGCAUGAAGAGAGAGAGAUCACCAACAGAAAGUGCCUUUGAGAAGAUAUCCCCGACUUGAAGUUGGUCCGAGUACAUUGCCGGUCUCGGCUUUCUUUGAGGCCAGACUCAAGCACCAACACGUGAUACCUCAUCUGCGAGUCCUUUGCCAUCACUUUGCACAACAUCAGCACCUAAAAAAUUCUAAAAUAGAGCCAUAAUAUAAGAGGACAGAGAAUAACGAACUGAGAAUGUAUGACUAAAGUGACAAAUCUGCAUUGAAUUUUCCUCACUUGAAUGUGAAUGUUUAUGGGUACCGUCAUUUGUGGAAAAUACAGUAGAACGUGUCACAGAAAAAAAUAAACAUUUGCAGUUGUUUCUUUUUGAUAGGUUAUUUUACAGCCAGAUUGACAAGUUAGUUUAUCUUCCUGCUCCAGCCGAUGGAGGACUCACCAGGUUGUUUUAAAAGAGGACUUUUUAAAUAGAGCCAACCUGCAGCUUUUGGUGUAUGAGGCACUUGACUAUUACGUAGACAUUUUAAAAACUAAAUUUAUGAUCACAACCUUUGGAGAUGGCGUUGAACCUUUCUUCAGUAAGAGACACCAAAUGGCUAACUCUGGAAGUCUGUCGGCAGUUUCAGCGAGGAAACUGUUCAAGAAGUGAUGAAGAAUGCAAAUUUGCUCAUCCACCUAAGAGCUGCCAAGUGGAAAAUGGGAGAGUUAUUGCCUGUUUUGACUCACUGAAGGGCAGAUGCUCUAGAGAAAACUGCAAGUAUCUUCAUCCACCUUCACACUUAAAGACCCAAUUAGAGAUAAAUGGGCGCAACAAUCUCAUCCAGCAGAAGACAGCAGCAGCCGUGCUUGCCCAACAGAUGCAGCUCAUGAUCCCCGGACCCAGUCUGCAGUCUAUGGGACUUGGCACAAAUACUGGUCUUGGUUAUGGCUCAUACAUGACUCCCAUGACCCAUGGAAUGAGCCUCGUCCAAACAGACAACCUUCCCAACACCCAGGUUCUUGUUCCUGGGAGCCCACCUGUCACGAUCCAGAGCUCCUCUUCUUCUUCUUCUUCUCCCUCACAGAAGCUGCAGCGUACAGACAAAUUAGAGGUGUGCCGUGAGUUUCUGCGGGGAAACUGUGCGAGAGGGGAGACAGAUUGCCGCUUUGCUCACCCCAGUGACAGUCCAAUGAUUGACACCACUGAUAACACUGUCACUGUUUGCAUGGACUACAUAAAGAGCCGCUGCUCCAGGGAGAAGUGCAAGUAUUUUCACCCGCCUGCACACUUGCAGGCCAAAAUCAAAUCCAGUCAACAGCAAGUCAAUCACACAGCCGUGGCAGCCCAAGCCGCAGCUGCAGCCAUGGGCUUUCCCCACAGUCUCCUACAACCCCUACCAAAGAGACCAGCUUAUGAGAAGAGCAGCUGGGCCAACUCUCUCCUCAGCCCCAGUUUUUUGCACUACCAUCAGGCUCUGGCCAACUCACAGCUGCAGCAGCCCACUGCGGCAUUUUAUCCUGCAGGUUCUGUCUUGUGCAUGACUCCGGCUAACAGCAUCGUCCCCAUGAUGUACAGUGCUACGCCUGCUACUGUCUCUGCAGCAACUACUCCCGCCACAAGUGUCCCCUACGCAGCAACAGCACCAGCCAAUCAGAUCAUCCUCAAGUAACCACCAGAAACAGACGUCAGUGCCGUGUUGCUGCUGUUAAAGACCCCAAACAUCUGCUCUGUAAAUACUCUGUUAACUCCACACACAACUUACAACAGACUGCAUGCUGAUAACAUCACUGAUGAAAAAGUUGUACACAUCACUUUGAUCCCCCAUAAUAAGCUCAAUUACUAGGAUUAUACUGUGUUUGAUACGUGUCACAGAAGAUUAUUGUAUGUACGCGCCUUUGCACCUGCAUUAACAUGCAUCCUCAGUAACGUGCAAAUAACAUGCUGGUUCCUGUUUCCUAAACCAGUUCUUAUAAGAUCAGAGGUGCAUUUAGCCUCUUAAAGAGCUGAAAAGCAAUGUGUCUCCAGUUCACAACUUCGACACGAAUUCAACCAGUAAACACAUGGAAAUCAAACAAAAUAGGCAAUGCAGAUAUGAGUCUGUUUUUCACUGGCAAUUUAGAUUUUUGUAAAUAUUAUAAGAGAAAGAGAUGAGGAUGCCAGAUCUCAUCUGAAGUCAGUUUCCUAUAUUGGAGACUGUUAAAAUUAUAUCAUCAUAAUAUUGAGCAUAAAAUACUUUUUUUCUUUCUUGAAUAUGUUAUGUAAACUAAGAGAAAACCUUUUCAUGUUAACAAUUGUCUACCUAGUGCCAGAUUUAAUUGUUUUAAACAAUCUAGUAAAACACACUUAUAUUAACUUUAAACUCCACAUUGUAAAAAUUAUGGAAGUUCCUUUAAAAUGUUCUGAGGGUAGUCCAUCUGUAUUGUUUACCCUAUCAUUCCUAGAGAAUAGGAUCAGUGCUCCACCUCCUGGUGUGCCUUUGCAUUGCAUAUACAGUAUGUUUGCUGAGAGAAAAUACUGUAGAACACAAUUGCUGCAAAGACUUUUUUCUUCAAGGCAGUAACGCAACAAUGAUUCAAACUGUUAAAAUAUCCCCUCUUCAUUAUAAAAAAAAUCGAUUGGACUACCGGUCACGGUGAUGGUUGACGGGCUAGUUUCCCAAAGAUGGUCAGAUGGUUAUUCACUAUCUUAAGUAGGACUAAUGACUGGGUAAGUAACCACAUUAAACCGCUCAGCAGAAAAUGUUACAACAUUUUACUGGGAACAUUCAGGGAAGAGUGUAACAAAACAAGAUGUGGCUUGUUAAUGUGGCAGGGCUCCGUACUUCUGCUCAACAGGUUACUUUGGUUUCUAAAAACUUGUUCCCUGCUGAUGACUCGCUCCGCAAUAUUACAAUAUUAACAACAAUACAAACCAGUCUAACAUAUCUUUGUGAAAAUGGCCCCUGGUUCCACUUUAAGAUAACCAGAUAACCAUGUUUUUAAGAAGAGCCUCCACAGCCAUGAAGGUUAAAGUUCAAACUGUGUGGAAUUACUACUGCACAUAUUCAAACUAAAGUAAUCCUGUAAGGGUUGAGUUGAGUAGUGUGUGAAAUGGUAGUCUUAAUGUUACAGUCAGUUGUCAGUACUGUACUAUUUGAAUGUUACAAGUGCCUAAAGAAUUGUGCAGAUGAGGAUAUCCACGCAAAUUUAAAAAGGCUUUGUGCAAAAAAUCACUCAGUUAAAUCUACUCAAGUGACUGACAUGUGGAAAGAAAUGAUUUGCAAUGCUAUGCCAGUGCUUUAGUAUGUUGUGUGCACCUGUUUAGAUUUAGCCUUACAAUUAAUUUUCACUGAUGCUAAAAUGUGUUUGUAGGCCUACAUAAUGUAUAAUUUCUUUCUCUCUUAAGAUGAUUACGUAGUGUAUGACAGUGUUUCCUAAUUAGUUGUAUGCACAGUUAAAAUACCUUUAUGUAGUAAAGUACAAUUUAAGGAGAUAGGCUUUUGGGUGAUGUUUAAAUGUGUAUGGUUGAUACCACAUUAUGAAAUUACCCAUCUUUGUUUGGAUCUUACAGCAGACAGAGUGGGUAUUGUGUCUGGUUCAGUGAGUUACAAAACUGAUGUUAAAAACAGUUUUCACUCAUGUGUGUUAUGUUCCCUUAAACAUCUUUUCCCCUGCAUUUUAGUUCCCUGUUUUGCAAACAGUAAGUGCAAAUAUCAGCCUUUCCUUUAUUGUUUCCCAUGUCUUUUCAAGUGACUGCUGUAAGGUUUAUAAUGAAAACUUCUAUCUACAAUUUUUUUUUGAUUUUCCAAGAGAAAUUGCAUUUGUUCCCAUUAUUGAAUAUGUUCACGUUAUUUCUAUUAUAGGUUUUACACAUUAUUGGAUGGAAUAUAAGGAGUUUAAUUGCAUAUUUUACUAGUUUAAGAUUAGAAAAGAACACCUUUAAAAAUGUAUUCUCUUAUACUUUAUGAUGAAUGUAAUUUAUUAAACUGGCUUUAGCUCUGCAGGAGGUUCCUCAAAGGGCCUUGAUCUGUUUUAUUAGCCUAUGAAAAGCCUGUCUUGUGUCCAGGGAUCGAAUGUUGGAGCAAAGAGAAGCUUAAAACAUUUCAUCCUUGUCACUGCCUUGUCACCUGUAACAAGCGUUUGAAUAAGCAAGGAAAUAGGAUUGCUUUUUACGUACAAAAGUACAUUGUACAGGCCACAUUUUAUGGAAAAAAUACGUUUCAGAAUAGUGUAAUAAUAGUUUGUCAUUGUUUUAAUGUGUUUUGCUGAGGCAAUCCGAAUUUGCAGUGAUUAAAAACUUUAUUUUUGUA